UCAAAAUUCUACUGUCAAUGUCAAAAUAACUAAUAUACUGCAGUUUGAUUAUUUAAUUUUUUAUAAUAAGAAAAUAAAAAAAUAAUAAUGGUCCUUACAAAAGAAUAUAGAAUUUGCAUGCCUAUGACCGUGGAGGAGUAUCGUAUCGGCCAAUUGUAUAUGAUCGCGAGACAUAGCUUCGAGCAAUCAAGCAAUGGAGAAGGUGUUGAGGUAGUAGCAAAUGAACAAAUAAAUGAUGAGACAAAUGGAGUUGGCCAGUUCACUGAAAAAAGGAUUCAUUUGUCCAGUCACUUACCCUAUUGGAUCCAAAGUCUAAUACCAAAGAUUUUUUAUGUCACUGAAAAAGCAUGGAAUUUUUACCCAUUUACAAUUACUGAAUACACAUGUUCUUUCAUUCCAAAAUUCUCAAUAUCAAUUCAAACAAGAUAUGAAGACAACAAUGGCUCCACCUACAAUUGUCUGGGCUUAACAUCUGAUGAAUUAGAAGUGAGAGAAGUUGAUUUCUUGGACAUAGCUUUUGAUGAGAUUAAACCACAUCACUACAAAGAGUCUGAAGACCCUAAACUGUUUAAGUCUGAAAAGUCUGGUCGUGGCCCGCUCGUUGAAGGAUGGCGAGAUGAACUUAAACCAAUCAUGUGCUGUUACAAAGUAGUCCAUGCCAAGUUUGAAGUCUGGGGGUUGCAAACCAAAGUGGAAGACUAUGUUCAAGCAGCUAUUAGAGAAAUCCUUCUUCUUGGACACCGCCAAGCUUUUACAUGGAUGGAUGAAUGGUUCAACAUGACUAUAGAAGAUGUCAGGAGUUAUGAAAAGGAAAUGCAAACGAAAACGAACAUGAAGGUCAAAACAGCGCUAGAUGAUGCAGAGAGCAAUCAAGAGGGGCAAGACAGUAAGAAAUCAUCACAGCCGCCAACUCCAAAGACACCAAAAAGUCCCCUAGGGACACCCUCAUCGGAAUCCAAGUCCUGGUUUUCUUGGUCAUAAUUUAAUCCUAGAAGAGGAUCUAUAGCCACUCCUCUGUCUAAGCAGGGUUUAGUUUUGUUGACACAAUGUGUUCAUCUGUUGCCUUCCUCUUAUAUCAUUCAUGUACCAUAGAUAAUUAUUUAUUUAAAAUCAUUCUCAAAUCGCAUUUAGUGUAAUUAAUGCAACGAAAUAGGUCGAACCGUUUGAAAUUUAAUUGAAACUAAAUUCUUAAUUAAUAUGAGAAAUGUUUAAACUAUUUUUAAAUUUAACUU